GGCCGGCAGGGGGCGUGUCUGGGUAGGUCGGUGGGCGGCUUCCUUUUCUCCUUCCCUUUCCGGGGCCAGGCGUGUCACAAGCGGAGGCCAUGCCGCUCGACCACAGACGAGUGCCGGGUCCGGAGGAGUCCCAGACGCCGCUGUUGUUCGUGCCCGCAGGAGCCAAGGAUGGCGAAAAGGCAGCGGACGCCAGCCGGGAUCCGUCGGCCCUGCAGCCUCUGUUCGCCCGCGUAGGGCUGCUGAGCCAAUCCAAAGGCUCGGCCUACGUGGAGCUGGACGGCGGCACCAAAGUACUGUGCGCCGUGGCCGGGCCGCGCGAAGCAGGCAGUGCCGGAGCGAGUAUCUCCGGCGAGCCCCGCGGCCGGCUGGUGUGCGAGUUCCGCCGGGCGCCCUUUUCUGGGCGCGGAGCCCGCAUCCGGCCCAGCGAGCGGGAGCCCGAACUGGCCUUGGCGCUGCAAGAAGCGCUGGAGCCAGCCGUGCGCUUGGCGCGCUACCCCCGGGCACAGCUGGAAGUAAGCGCGCUCAUCCUACAAGACGGUGGUUCGACGCUGGCAGCCGCGCUGUGCGCCGCUGGGCUGGCCCUGGCCGACGCGGGCAUCGAACUUUACGACCUCGUGGUGGCCUGCGCGCUCUGCCGGACGCCGGGACCCUCGGGGGGAGAGUGGCUGCUGCAGCCCACGGAGCCCGAAGAGAGCGCCGCCGCCGCCCGCCUCACUGUGGCGCUCCUGCCCUCUCUCAACCAGGUGGCCGGGCUACUGGGCAGCGGCGAGGGCGGACCCCCCGACAGCUGGGCUCAAGCCGUGCGCCUGGGCCUCGACGGCUGCCAGCGCCUUUAUCCGCUGCUGCGCCAAAGCCUCCUGCGCGCUGCAAAGCGCAGGACCCCUGCGACCCAAGUGCCUUCGGAUAUGGACUCAGCUGAGCCUCCCGCCGCCACCGCCUGACCGGCGCGCCUUUUUUAAAAGACCUUUGGGGGGUCUUAUUUGCUGUACUGUGUGCCCCCAAGGGGAAGCUGGUCGGUCUCUUCAGUGCUGCUAAAGGGAAGGGUUUUUUUUCUACCCCGUGGAUGUCUCUGUGGGCAUCUGCCCUUUCGUGUUAAUGUUCCUGUUUCCAGGAUUGGAACUUCCUCUCCCCAAAUUGGAUGAAUGCGACUUGCCACCCUCCCUUGCAGUGAACUUACAGCCGCAGACCGUAUGAUGGCAAUUCAGAGGGAAGAGACCAAAGGCUCCCCUACCCGCAUCUAAGCAUCAGCCUUCCCUUUCACAGCAGGAUUGGUAGUUAUCAGUAUGAGAAAAUCGCUGUAGUCGGGCAGUGCUGAAAGGCACUUUCUGAAACAGAGCAACUAAGCAGAAAAUACGCAUGCUGGCAAAUACUGUAUGAAAGAACUGCUGAUAAGCAUUUGGCUUCAGUAGAUUCCCAAAAGACUUGAGGGGUGGUGGUGAUUUUUCCCAUUAAUUUCAAACUAGGUCUCAAAAAAAAGUUUGGUUAUUUGCUGCUGGUUGAAUCCAAUGUUCUGCCUUUGUCUUGAGUUUUUAAAUUGUUGGUGCUUGAUGUGAAGAUGUGUGUUUAUUCAUUAAUCCAGCUAUGCUGCCGUUUUUCUUGGCACUGAAAUUCCUAAGUUUAAAAAUGUUAACACUUGAAAAAUGUUAAGGAACAAAAUGUGUCAAUUCCUCUGUGUGUGUGUGCACAUUCUUGCAUCCCGCUUCUUAACACACUUACUUGGUAGCAAGUUCCAUUCAUUUCAAAGGAGUUUCUUUCCAAGUCAGUGUUCUUUGCACUGAGGCAAUUAUAAAUAAGGUAAGAUAUUUCUCAUGACAAUUGCUGGCUGCAUUUUUUAAAAACACCUUGCUUGCAAAACAGAAAAAAAACUUUGCAUUUUUCCUCAGGAUUCUUUUGUCUUGGGAAAUUUGUUAAGUUUAUAUCCAUUUUAUUUCCUGUUCUAGAUCUAAUUGGCUAAAUAUUUGCUACUGUGUAUUAGACCAGUAUUCUUCAGAUUUUGACAUUAUUGGACUACAGCUCCCAUCAUCCCACUAGCUAAACUGGCUAGGGAUGAUGGGAGUUGUAGUUUAACAUCUGGCAACCCAGUGUAGAAGAACACUGUUUAGACUACUACUUUAAAGCUUUUGCAAACCAAUAGCAUAAUAAAGUCUGUGUAACCUUUUUCUGUUAAAAGACCAACCUCAAAUGGGUAUCAUAAAAGCUAAUGUGCUUUCUUCCUGCAGAGAUGAUGGAUGUGAGUCAGUAAAUCAGGAAAGGGGAGCUUUGGCCCAGAUGUUGCUGAACUACACCUCCCGUCAUCUCUGGACAUUGGCCAGGUUUGCUAGGGCUGAUGGGAAUUAUAAUUCAGCAACAUCUGGAGGGCCAAAGGUUCCACACUUACAGUAACUGGAUUAGGUCGUGGUGCAUGCAGAGUGUGAUAAGUGAAUUUGGCAACAAGUUAUAGGUUCGCUAUGCUGUAACCAUCUCCAAUACACAAUCUGCCCCUGACCUGAAUACAUUCUUACUUGGUCUGAUCUACUAGGACUUGUGGUUUUACACUCAGGGCUUCAGAACUUGUUUUUCAUGAAGAAAAGUUUAUUGGCUACUUGUAAUAAGGCCUCUUGUAAUUAAAAUGCACUGUUUUGCUUAGAA